AGCUGUCCGUGGUAUAAAAGCUCCGAUGGGUGUGAGCUAAAGAGGUCAAAUCGUAGACGAUCGUGACGAAGUGUGCUGGUGUCAAAAGCAACGACCAUCGUCUGGCGUUUGUUUAUAUAUGUAACAAGAAUAUAUCCUUGUUUUCAUCGGGGUGAGCCACUAAGACGUUCAGUGGACGCACGUUGAGGUGCAAAUGACUGAAUACAAGCUUGUGGUGGUUGGAGCUGGAGGCGUAGGUAAGAGUGCCUUGACUAUCCAGCUCAUUCAGAACCACUUUGUAGAAGAGUAUGAUCCCACUAUAGAGGAUUCCUACCGGAAACAGGUUGUGAUUGAUGGGGAGACGUGUCUACUGGAUAUUCUCGACACAGCAGGUCAAGAGGAGUACAGCGCCAUGAGGGACCAGUACAUGCGGACGGGGGAGGGAUUUCUAUGUGUGUUUGCUGUUAACAAUACCAAGUCUUUCGAAGAUAUCAACCAGUAUAGAGAACAGAUAAAGAGAGUGAAGGAUGCUGACGAGGUGCCCAUGGUUUUGGUAGGAAAUAAGGUAGAUCUACCCACACGCACAGUCCAUUCAAAAGAUGCGAAGCAGGUUGCCGACAGCUAUGGGAUUCCUUACGUUGAAACUUCAGCCAAGACGAGGCAGGGUGUUGAUGAUGCUUUUUACACACUCGUUAGAGAAAUCAGGAAAUAUAAAGAGAAGAAAGGAAAGGACAAAAGGAAACGAAAUAGAAGACGACUAUGCAAACUCUUCUGAUCAUGUGACAUGUCAUGUGACCUGUGAUGAAGUUAUUUGUUUACCUGUGUUGGAAACACAGUCAUCAUUCACGUGUAUAAGGUGCCGAAUCCGAUAGAUAACAUUCAUUUUGUGUCUGUUAGUCCACUCGUCAGCGUCAUGUCAACUUGGCAGUGUUUCGUCAUUGCUCAUCUUAACAUAGCCAAUAACAUUCAAGCCUUGUUUUUUUCUGUAAACAAAUUGUGAAUUUUUAGAUAUUUUACAUUUUUGAUAUCUUGAUACAGCUACUGUUUUCUCAAUUCCUAUAUGUGCAAGCAUGAUGUAGAGAGGCAUUGUGUUGAAAUGUUUAAAUGGACUUGUAUAUUUUCUUUUUGUACUUUACGAGACAGUAUUUAUAAGUGUACAGUGAACAAGCACAUGAGGUGGAAUGUUGGUAAACUGUCAGUGAAAUGAAUUUUGAUUCUGUAAAGGUAUUUUAGUCGGUAUUUGUGGGACAUUGCCAUUGGAUAAUCAUGAUGAUGUGAAGAUUUGUGUGUGUAGGUUAUUAAUUUUUUGGUCUGAUCACAAAUCAGUCGAUGAAAUUGAAUGAUGAAAUUGAGUGAUAGCUCUUAUCCUGUGAAUUGGUACCUUCCAAAAUGAAAUUUUGAACAAAGGAAAGAAGAAUCUUAAUGUGAGUAGGUAAUUCUGCCUCAACUGGUUAUUCAUAAUAUCAUUCCUUCAUUUUAUGGGACUAGGAAUUAAUUGAUGUAAUCUAAAUGUUGUCAGUUGACGUGAGUUUUUCACCCUCACCGAAUCCACUCAUACUCCAAUUAUUUCUGAGAACACUUGAAUUUUCUAUUCAUUUUCUAAGUUUGUGAUUCUAGACGAACAUCUUAAUUUGGUGUCAGUUUUUCCUUUGAAUUGCAGUACUUGACAAAUUGGACACAAAACAUACGCACAUGAGACUUACAAUGUAUUUUCUGCACUUAAUUGAUAAAAGUUCUCUCCCUUUGAAGCAGGUUUUGUACAAAACUGCUUCUUAAUGUACAGUAAGACAUCUUAUGGCUAUUGUCACAAGUGGGUUAUGAUAUUUUUUUAUUGUUUGUACAUGUUUUUGUUUUAUUGUCAAGAUACUUGUACAAACCAUCGAUAUGUGCUAGCCAUCAUGGGUGCUUCAACGAUAAUUCUUAACUCCCAACAGGUGAAUUCUGAUUUUUUGUUUUAUUCAUGCUAUAGAAGCAGUUGCAGGUGGUGUUUGAAUCAUCUUCAUCACAAAAUGGUUUUGGAAAAAUGUCUCAAGGAAAUAAGAUGUAUUACAGCAAGGUAUUUUUUUCUUAUUUUGUUUGUUGUUGAAAGGUUGAAUGACUCCUUAUGCUAUAGCUAACAAAUUGCUCAACUCAACAAAGAUGAAAUAAAUGUUUUGAAAGUACAAGCUAAAUGGUUGGGUAGCAUUCAUAUCUGGUACCAGAUAUUUCGUCUUUCUCAUGCAUCGAUAUUCUCAUUGUGUAUCAUCAUAAAACGAGGGAAAUUCUGCAUCAGAAACUAUUUUGAAAUAUAUUUUUUCAUUACUGAUCCGUCAUUCUAAACGUGUAUACGUACUAGGUCAGUGUUAAUAUACAUGUGUGUGGCAAGUAACUGAAGGAUGCCGUUUAAAGUAACCGACACAGUUGUUCUUGUUGAGAUGAACGACUGCAUUUUGUUUGAUGAUGCUUGGAGAAUACUGGCAUCAGACAGAAUUUGUAAUCAGAUCAUUUGGAUGAGGUGCAUUUACUUACAUUUGACAUGCUACUGUUUUGUUUUCGGAAAUAUACUAUUUAAAAUGAUUUAAAGAUUUGUUUUCACAACUAGUUAACUGUCAUUAUGUAACAGUUUAACAAUUGUCAUGUGAAUAAAGUUGUGUGUUCUGUAACUCCUUUUGAAUAGUGUACUUUAUGACUCAGUGAGGACAAGAAUAACGGCAUGAGAAAUAUUCUUGCAGUUUUUUUAUAUGGAAAAUUAAACAGUUUCGUAUCAGCUGAUUCAUUCAUCACUUCUGUAUUAGUAAAGAAGGUAAUUAAAGCACCAUUGAUUUACUUUGUUGCAUUUUGUAAAUAUUAAAUUUUGUAUUUAGUCCAAUUCUAAAUGGUGUACCUUUCCCUUGACCUUUUUCCUUCAUAUAGUGCUGAGUGAGAUUUUCUUAGUUUUUUCCAUUUGUAUAGAAAAUCUUAUUCCAUUCUGAAUAGUUAAGUUGAUUAAUCUACAUGUUGAGAUUUCAAUGACCCCGGUUAUACAAGCUGUUUUAUUUAGUUGAAUUGUUUUCAUUUGCACACAAUGGCAUGGUAUUGGGGUUUAUAAUUACUUGAAAGUUUGGCUUGACAAUGGCAUGGAUUCAAGAGACGAUACAGCUUCCCUAUGAAUAUUUAGUGCAAAAGAUAUUAAAUAGAUGGGGUUUAUGUAAAACAGAUGUGAGCUUGUUAGUUAAUAUAAUCAGUGUAGCUGCUUUUUAGUGCAAUAUCAACAGUAAGGCUUGACGAUGCUCAAUAUUCAUGAAUGUGAUUAUCAUAUUCAGCUUUAAAAAUAACUUUAAUGUCAAGUCUUUCUGGAAAUUCAUUAGAAAUUGAAACCAAGUUAAAUUGAGUUAAGCCACGCUAAUUAAUUGUUUUUAAGCACGGUCACUUGAGUUCAAACACUGUGAUGAAUUGUUUGAGACAGUUAAAUGAUUUAAAACACUGUGAUUAAUUUUUUUCAGAGCUUACACUGUUACUUGUUUUCAGUCUGUAGAAGGUAGUGACCUUUUCGUGUCCGGAUAUCUUCUAUUUAAGUGUGAGUAUUGCUAUUGUGUUCUGGACAAAGGGCACUGUUCACCUCUGACCGUUCCACAUAUGAGAUAUGUGAAGAUAAUGAAUGGUUAGUGCAUAAGGGCUUUAUCUACAACUAAUGAGUGUACCAUAUGAGUUUCUAGAAACCAAUCUCAUGGUGACUGAACUAUUUCGCAGUUUGUUAGUCAAGCCAUAUUGAAAAGGAAAAUAUGGAUGGGAGUUGUUUUUUAAUUCGAGAUGUGUAUGUUUAAUGAACACUGUGUUGUGUAAUCUUAAGGAAACUGACAAAUUUUGUAACAUAUAUAUAGGACCAAAGUGUCAGUGUAGAAACGCUAUUUAUGAAUACAGGUCCCUUUGUAUUUAUUAGUUAAGUCAAAUUUUAUUUGUGAUACAAGGCAUGAGGAUCUCACGAGUAAGUUCAUUUGACCACAUUGGGCCGCAGAGAGGCAGUGACAUGUGCUAGUGAAUAUUGUUGUGAUCUUGAAUCGGGUAGUGGAGAAACUGGACAUGUGCAACGUGUGUGAUAGUAUUUCACAGCAUGCCACUGUCGUCACUGUAAGGAAGGAAACAUCACCUUCAAGGCAUUCAUUGAUAUAUGGUGGGUCAUUUUUGUAUUGUCAGACGAAUGUUAUUCUCAAUAAAAAUAAGUUCUACCUGUA